AUGCCUCGCUCGACGUUGACACCUUUCCCUCUCGCGGCCUCGCCUCACGCCUUGCUCGACAUCGAGAACUCGAUGCCUUUCCCUAUCGCGGCCUCGCCCCACGCCUCACUCGACGUCGACGUCUUUCCUACUCGCCUCAUGCCUCACUGGACGUCGACACCUUUCCCUAUCGCGGCCCCGCCCCACGCCUCACUCGACGUCGACGUCUUUCCUACUCGCCUCAUGCCUCACUGGACGUUGACACCUUUCCCUCUCGCGGCCUUGCCUCAUGCCUUGCUCGACAUCGAUGACUCGAUGCCUUUCCCUAUCGCGGCCUCGCCCCACGCCUCACUCGACGUCGACGUCGACGUCUUUCCUACUCGCCUCACGCCUCACUCGACGUUGACACCUUUCCCUCUUGUGGCCUCGCCUCACUUCUCGCUCGACGUCGAUGCCUUUCCCUUUCGCGGCCUUGUCACGCCUCACUCGACGUCAACACGCUCAGCUUUCACGCAGCUCUCAUUAGAGUUCAACACUCAAAUGUAA